CGAGGCCGCCGUUGUUCGCGCUCCCCGCAGCGCCCGAAGGCCGCGGCCCCGCCGGGACCCCCAUGUGAGCGGCGGGCGGCGCGGGGGGGCCGGCGCACCGCGACCCGCCGGGGCCACGGGGGAAGAUGACAUCGCGGAGAUGGUUUCAUCCAAAUAUCACUGGGGUGGAGGCAGAAAACCUGCUGUUAACAAGAGGAGUCGAUGGCAGCUUCCUGGCACGGCCCAGCAAAAGUAACCCAGGAGACUUCACACUCUCUGUUAGACGAACUGGAGCUGUCACCCACAUCAAGAUCCAGAACACAGGUGACUACUAUGACCUCUACGGGGGAGAGAAGUUUGCCACGCUGGCUGAGCUGGUCCAGUAUUACAUGGAACACCAUGGGCAGCUCAAGGAGAAGAAUGGAGAUGUCAUAGAGCUGAAAUAUCCCCUCAACUGUGCUGACCCCACAUCAGAAAGGUGGUUUCACGGACAUCUCUCUGGGAGAGAAGCUGAGAAACUCUUGACAGAGAAAGGAAAACAUGGGAGUUUCCUGGUGCGGGAGAGCCAGAGCCACCCUGGGGACUUUGUCCUCUCCGUGAGGACGGGGGAUGACAAAGGAGAGAGCAACGAUGGCAAAUCCAAGGUGACACACGUCAUGAUCCACUGCCAGGAUCUCAAAUACGACGUUGGCGGAGGGGAGAAGUUUGACUCUCUGACAGAUCUGGUGGAGCAUUACAAGAAGAACCCCAUGGUGGAGACUUUGGGCACCGUGUUGCAACUCAAACAGCCCCUGAACACCACCCGGAUCAACGCUGCCGAGAUCGAGAGCCGAGUGAGGGAGCUCAGCAAACUGGCAGAGACCACGGAUAAAGUCAAGCAGGGCUUCUGGGAAGAGUUUGAGACCUUGCAGCAGCAGGAAUGCAAACUCCUCUACAGCCGCAAGGAAGGGCAGCGCCAGGAAAACAAGAACAAAAAUAGAUACAAAAACAUUUUACCCUUUGAUCACACUAGAGUUGUUCUCCACGACGGCGAUCCCAAUGAACCUGUCUCAGACUAUAUCAAUGCUAAUAUUAUUAUGCCUGAGUUUGAAACCAAGUGCAACAACUCAAAGCCAAAAAAAAGCUACAUUGCUACCCAAGGCUGCCUGCAGAACACGGUGAAUGAUUUCUGGAGGAUGGUGUUCCAGGAGAAUUCCCGAGUUAUUGUCAUGACCACAAAAGAAGUGGAAAGAGGAAAGAGUAAGUGUGUCAAGUACUGGCCAGAUGAAUAUUCCCUGAAGGAAUACGGAGUGAUGCGUGUCCGGAAUGUGAAGGAGAGUGCAGCACACGAUUACACCCUGAGAGAGCUGAAACUUUCCAAAGUUGGCCAGGGGAACACGGAGAGGACGGUGUGGCAGUACCACUUCCGAACCUGGCCCGACCACGGCGUUCCCAGCGAUCCCGGGGGUGUCCUGGAUUUCCUGGAAGAGGUGCACCACAAGCAGGAGAGCAUUCCUGAUGCAGGACCUGUGGUGGUCCACUGCAGUGCUGGGAUUGGGCGAACAGGAACUUUCAUUGUCAUUGAUAUCCUCAUCGACAUCAUCCGAGAGAAAGGAGUGGACUGUGACAUCGAUGUCCCCAAGACCAUCCAGAUGGUGAGGUCCCAGCGCUCAGGGAUGGUGCAGACAGAGGCCCAGUACAGGUUCAUUUACAUGGCAGUGCAGCACUACAUCGAGACCCUCCAGCGCAGGAUCGAGGAGGAGCAGAAGAGCAAGAGGAAAGGUCACGAGUACACAAACAUUAAAUAUUCGUUAUCGGACCAGACGAGCGGCGAUCAGAGCCCUCUCCCCCCCUGCACCCCAACCCCAACGUGUCCAGAAAUGAGAGAAGAUAGUGCUAGAGUAUAUGAAAACGUGGGGCUGAUGCAACAGCAGAAGAGUUUCAGAUGAGAAGAUGUUCAGAGCCUUCCAGACAUGAAAAUGUUUUUCAAAAAGGUCAAGAAAGAGAUGGAAGAAGCUUCACGUGACCAGUGAGCUCUGAGGGCUUGGUACCUUUUUCUUUAUGGUUUUAAUCCUUCAGUAGGCAAAACUUCAGAGCAUCUAAAGAUUGUUUUUAUCUCUUCUCUCCAAUUUCCAAUUGCUCGUUUUCCAAAUAAAAGGAAAUCCUUUCUACAAGGUAGACAAUUACUUUGUAGAGUCAGUUUUGAAUCCUGCAAACUGUUGGACUGUCAUCCAUUUGGGUUUUUUUUAAAUAGUAUUUUGGUUUCACAGUAUGGCUGUUAGUGGGGUUUGUUUUGGUUUUUUUUUUUUCCUUAUUUGAGCAGUUGUGGGGUUUCUGGGGGGCAGUGGGUGGGCGGUGGGUGGUGGGAGAGCGAUACCAUGGAUAAAUCCGUGACACUAAAAUGUAAAACACUGAUUUUGGGAACAAUGUGGAUUGUUGGAAAACAGUGGAUCACCAGCGUGGAUAGAACCAAGUGCAUGAUCAAAUUAGUCCUGAUACAUUUCAAAUUCAGACUGAGCUUCCUGGGGUGAGCAGUUCUUGAGAUGAAGGUGCUUUCUUGUGAUAAUUGGUGGCUUUGAUUCCGAUUUUGCUGCGUGACCGGAUGGGCUAUUUCGGAGGAAUUUAUGCAAAGUUGCUCUUACAUCAAACAAAGUUUCUUUUCCGUGAUCUCUGCCCAGAAUAGGAAUUCCCAGUGUCCUUCAGGAGCCUCAGUGACCUGGGGCUUCUUUGUGAGGACACUCUGUGGUGACUUUAUGCUCAAUUCAAUGAGAUUGAACCGGCAGAAUUCAGGUAUUAAUUACGAAGUUGCAGGAUGUUAAAACCAGUGAGACCAGUAACCCACUGUUGGUGUCAGGGAGCCUUCCUCCCCUUGUGCUGGGAGGUGGAAGCUAUGGAGGAGCCUCCUGGAUUUUUAGGAAGGCUCUGUGCUAGUGGGGAAGGAGGAUCCCGGGAUUCCUCGUGGGACAGGGAGCAGCGAGGCCGCACCAGGGGCACUGUCCCACCCCAAGUGCCUUUGGGAUCUGCCUGGACCUUCCUGUCCCAAUCCCAUGAAGAAUCAUCUGGAACCACUUGUGGUUGUCAGGGAGACAAAGCCUCUUCCAGAGGCUCCCCAGGGAAGAUCUGGUGAGCUGCCACUCAUUCCUUCCCUUGGCCUGGAAUUCCUUCCAGUGGCCUGGACCAGCAGCUCCUGUUGAAGCCGUGGAUGGCAGGAUCAGGCCCAAGGAGUGGGGCUUGGUGUCUCCCCAGCACCUUGUCCCCGGUUUUGGGGACACUCUGUGACUUCAGUGGUGUUCAGGAAUGAUUCCCACCCUCACACAGGAUGCCUGAGCUGUGUGUGCAGGGCACAGGGCCGCUGGAAUGGGGUUAUUGGCCUUCCUGGUGGAAUUCUGCUGGAGCCUGGAAUGUAAUUACUGCAGCUCUGUGAGAGGUGAAGUGGGAGAUUCCAUUCCCUGGUCCUCGGAGUGCUUUGCAAAUCCCAAUAUUUGAGCAGUUUUGAACUGAAUGAAGGUGCUUUGUUAAUGUUGAGCAGGAUUUUCUUCCUUGGCCUCUUGUCCUUUUUGUCUUCGGGGGCUUUGGGGUUUGAUUUUUUGGAACUCCUGUCACCAGCACACCCUAAACAUGUUCAACUGUCAUGGCCUUAGGCUCUAGCCCUAAAUCCUUGUGCCCUUCCUAGACUGGAAUAGAUGAUGAGGAGAGAGAAAUAGGGUGAUUUGGCAGUGAAAUUCCUGCUCUCCAUCCCCUGCCAUCCUGUCCCUAUUCCCAGCUCCCUCCUGCUGAACAGGGAUCACUUGGAAGCGUUGAGAUUUGCAUGGAGCAAUUAAUAUUUGCCUCAAACUCUGUGCAGAGACAAAUUCUGUGCUUCAGAGGUUGUAGCAAGGUGGGGACACACCCAAGUGGGGUCUGGAGCUGCUCUGCUCCAUACUGGGAAGUCAGGAGGGGAAAAGUCAGGAGAAAGGAGGGAAGGAUCCUGAGGGAAUCUCAGCUCUCUGCACUCAGCUCAUGUGAAGUGUCUUAAAAGCUGGACCUGUGUAAGCAGCAAUCAGCCCAUGGCCAGCACAACGUUGCCUCCUGACCUCGUUCAGAACCUGCCUCUGGAGGAGUUGGUUUGGAAUUGUUUUCCUUGGGAGCAGGAAUUCUUGCUGCAGAAUGUGUAUGAAUCCUGGGGAGCACACAGUGGGGGAAUGUCAGUGAGGGGGGAGCAGGAUCUGAAAGAUUGUGGGUAAAGGAAUAAAUUCUCCUUUCUGAACCAGCACUGGGCACCAAAGGGGAGCCCCUGCACCCUAAAAUCUGUCACCAGAGGCAGGGAGGGUUCUUAAAGUAUUUCCUACAUCAAUUCCAGCAAAUCACUUUGGGGUUCUGACAGAUAAAGCAAUGAAGAGAAACAUCCUUUGGUUCAGGGGAGAUUGGGGGAUGUGGGAUUCCGGCAUUCCCAGUUGUAGGGAAUUCAGUGGAAGCAGUGCUGGCUGAGCUUGUUCUGGAGCAGGGAUGGGAAAGGGAUGCAGGGCUCCAGGGUUCUCUCAGAGAAGCCUUUGUAGCACGGGGGAAGUUUCCCCCAACUGCCAAGGCACAAUGAUCGAUGCCAGGGUGAAUCUGCUGCAGACUCCAUUUACUGAAUGUUUUAGAGAUCAACCUUAAUUCCAGCUAAUUCCUGUUAGGCCUGAUUGGUUCUAUUAAUCCUGACCAAACUUGCCUUUUUUCCUCCUAAAAGAAGUGUUUGAGACACGAUUAACCAGGACACAGCUAACAAAAGAAUCCAACCCGUUCCCUUUUUUCGUUGUAGGGCUGAGGAAAUUUGCAGCUGGGUCUGUGUUGUCAGGAUUUGAUUUUCUACCCGUAGCUCCAUUAUUUCAAAUUAAUUGUUCAUUUCUCCCUUUUCAAUAGUGAAAGGUAAUGAAUAAUUUCAAGCCUGUUUAUUUAUGACAUUACUGUGAUUUUUUUUUUAAUUGCAGUACUAAAAACUAAUAAAAAAGGAUCUUAUUAGGUGGAAUAGGCCUUGCAUUUAUUUUUUUUUCCUGCACUGUAUGAAGUAUUGUACCAGAGUAUUAAAUGAAAUGUAAUAUUUUAUUGCAAAAUUUCUAUCCUUUAAAAGGAAUACAUUUAGGAUGUCAUCAAUUUGAUGUGAAUCAUGUAAAUGUUGAGAAAUGAGCUGUUUAUUCUCCAUCUGGUGUUUCAAAAAGACUUCACCUCUUGCCUUUUGCCCACAGUCUGUAGCCCAUUUACAGUUGUCAAAAUGUGACAUUAAAUAAUAGUUCCUGUAUAGAAA